UUCAUCGCCGUCGCCGCCGUCCUCAAGUCCAACAUGGCCGAGCAAAUCGAAAAGGCUUUCCAGAAGCAGCCUCUGUUCCAGAACGCUAAGGCCAAGGGCAACAAGAAGGUCAGCGGGAAGAACAAGCGGUGGUACAAGGAUGUUGGGCUUGGCUUCAAGACGCCUACCGAGGCGAUUAACGGGUCAUACAUUGACAAGAAGUGCCCCUUCACUGGUCUCGUCUCGAUCCGUGGUCGUAUCUUGACCGGCAAGGUCGUUUCCACCAAAAUGACGCGGACUAUCAUCAUCCGUCGCGACUACCUCCACUAUAUCCCCAAAUACAACCGUUACGAGAAGAGGCACAAGAACCUCGCCGCCCACUUGUCCCCGGCCUUCCGUGUCGAGGUUGGCGAUGUGGUGACCGUCGGUCAAUGCCGGCCACUGUCCAAGACGGUCCGUUUCAACGUCUUGCGGGUAACGAAGAACAAGGCAGCAGCCAAGGCUUUCCAGAAGUUCUAGGUUCUUCGUACUUGUACUGCUAUGUCCCCAUAUGCCACCGCCCACCAUGACAUGCACAUAUGCUUGAUCUGCAUACUUUGUCCCGUCUGACUCUGAUAUAUGGACCCACGCGAAGGGAUGAAUUACCGAGUGAACUCGACACUGCAUGAGGAAUAAACGUGAAUAUCUCGUCCGGC